AUGGAUAUAUUAAAUAGCAUAAGUAUUGCUUUUGAAAAUGUUAAGAGUGCAAUUAAAGAUAAAAACAGUUCUAACAGAUUACAUACUUUAAAGAAAGACAUUUUAUCUAUUCAAACGGAACUUCUCCUCCUGGGUAAGGAAAAUCAUGAUCAAUAUAUUAGAUCAUUGGCAAUGGAGGGGUAUCUAGCGCUACUUUCUGCCAAAACGUUACCUUUAUCUAUUACAGAGAAAAAAAAUACUCUCAUAGCUGCGUUUGAUAAAUUAAAGCAACACGCUUUACGUGAGGAAUGUUUAUUCAUACUUCUUAGAAUUCAAAACUUACUUUGUUAUUACCUUAUACAACUGGAUGAAACAAUCCUGGCUAAAGAUAUACUUGAAAGCAUGGAAGAAAUAUAUGAUACAAUUGGCAAAUCUCAGCCCAACAUGUACCUAGACGCAGAAGAUCUAUUUAUACCAGAAACUAUUAGUAAUAUAAAACGAAUGAAUCCAGAAAAAAUUGAUAAAUUGAUCACGAAUAAUGUUCAGAUGUUAGCUUUCUUAUAUAACAAACUCAACAUGCCACAGAAGUAUACCUUAUAUAAUCAUACUGCUCUGAGACGGCAAUUAGAAAUGAAAGAGGGCACACCGCAAGAUUGGGCUUUGCGAACGGCAAGGCUAGGUAACUAUUUUACAUACCUCAACGAGGUCCUUAACGCACGGCAUCAUCUAUGUGCCUCAUAUUACAUAUUGCGAACUUGUCAUGACAAUUGUAAACUUAUGCCUGAAGAAUUUGUGCUGCAGAAGGCUGACUUCGAGAUGCACUUUUUAGAACUAAGUCACUAUUUUGUAAAAUAUGGCUUAACGCUUUUUAAGCUUUCGAGAAAGAAAAUAUUAACACGAUAUUUCGCACAACAAUCCUCCGGUUCUGAUUUGUGGAGAACAGUAGAUACAUUAAAGGAUGGAAUAGAUAAUCACGACAAUGUAGAGGAAAACAUAAAGGAUCUAGGAGCCGAAAAAAAUGACAAAGGAGAUAAUAUAUCUGAUGCAGUAUUUACUUUUCCCACUUUAGAUUUAAAGGAUAUGGAGAAACGGGUUCCGCUAGAUUUUAUUCGAAAUGUUGAAGACGCUCGGAAGCUCUUUUCUUUUACCCAUAAAUGGUUAAUGCGUGCUAAGCACUACUAUGAUUUUGAGCACCAUUCUGCACAGUAUAUUUCUUGUUCUUUACAACUAGCAGAACUCUACGAACAUCUAGCCUUCUUUGAAAAAAAUAUUGAUAACCAAUAUAGUAUACAAAAACGUAGAGCAGACGUUUUAGAAACUCUGAAUUCUUUAUUAAAAACGUGUGACAAUGUGAUGUCGAUACAAAUUGACGUUAUAAAAGAAUUAUCCCAAGUUCAACUUGAGCUAAUGGCUUUAAAUUUGCAAAAGUUAUGGAGUGAGGAAUCACAAAUAAACAUCUUUAAUUUGGAUAACGACGCUGACUCCAUAAUUCAUUCUUUAGAUUCCGAAUCAAAUAAAACUUUAACUGAAAAAACUUUAAACACGAGUUCUAAGAAUAUGUUUCUUAGAAAAAUGGAGGCUGCCACUUCGCUUAAUGCAAGAUUGUUUAGAUUAAGCGGACAUUUAGGUCCCAGAACGCCCUCAGAACUAAGCUUUGAAUACAGCUUGAAACAU